AAAAUAUUGUAAAAAUUAAAAUCUUAAAAUCUCUGUAUAUACAUUGAUAAAAAUUUAAUUGUGAUUGAAUUUUUCAUAUUUUCUCCAUUUAUUUUUACUAUGAAAUUAUGGAUAGUUUCGUCUUUGGUUUUUGUUUCCGCCAUCUUGCGGUAAUGAGUUAGCAUAACCAGCUGUUUGUUUAGUACUGUUGUACAGUUUGCGUGAAAAUUAACUAAAUACAAACUAUAGUUUACAAAUUUUGACUGGGACUAUUUUUGAAUUGUUCGUGCGAAUCGGAAUGGUUGGAUUGUGUCGGUUAUGUGCCGCUCUUCGUAAAAAGGAUACGCUUAUCCCAAUGACCUUUGACAUUUAUCAGAAGUUAAGGGAGUGUUUCAGUAUGGAAAUGUGUAACACUGUUGAUAAGCUUCCCAAAUGUGCCUGUGUUAUCUGUUUAGAAGCGUUGCAAAAUGCUUAUUCCUUCUUCCAGAAAGUAAAGGAGUCGCAGGAAUCAUUAACUUUAUUAUUGAACAGUUCGAAAAAUGAUAAAUUCGAGAAUAUUAAUGAUGUUUGUAUUAGAUUAAAUGAUAAUGAACUAAAUACUAGUCCAACUACCGCACAAUAUACAGAAGCGCCUAAAGAUGAAAUAAAAGAAAAUAGCAUAGAGACGGAUAAUGUACUGAUAGAUGCGAUGGAGUUAAAUAUGCAAAUAUUGGAUAGAUGCAUAGAAGAUAUUGACAAUGAAUAUCAAGCUGUGGAAAUUCUAAAUGUAAUGGAUGUAAAUAGUUUGUUAUCAGAUAUAGAUGACAGAGCUUCGGAUACUCUCAGCCAACUUUCAGAAAAUAGUACAGAUGUUAAAAUAGAAACAUACUUUUUGGAAGAUGUCGAGGACGUUUUAGAAGAGGAGUCAGAAGGAGAAGCCACUGGCGCAGAAUCGGAAAAUUUACACGAAAACAAUUUCACACCUACAAUUAUUGAAAUCCUACCCGCCAAUAAUUGUGGUUCCAGUUGUUCGAAGAGCAUUGAAACAACUGAGCCUAAUAAUAUUCAAAUACUUAAAUGGAAAUUAUACACAUGGAUGUGCUACUCUUGCUCUGAGACCUGCGAAAGUUUCGCCGCAUUGCUUUUACAUGCUAAAGAGAAACACGAAGUUCAAGACGUCAACUAUCUACAAUACAAAUGUGCCGAUUGUCAGAAAAUUUGUGUGCAUUAUAAUAAAUUUCUUAAUCAUGUGCGAUUUCGUCACCAUCCUGAAUUAAGUUUGCGUUGCGAUGCAUGCGAUGUUCCACAGGAAUCUUAUCAACACUUAGCAGCUCAUAGAGAAACAACUUGUAAGGCAGCGCAUUUAUAUCCGUUAGUAGAUUUGUGUAAUAUAUGUGGAAAAAGUUUUCACAAUCGAAAUGCCACUUUGGUGCAUGCACGUGCACAGCAUAUUGAGGAAACCAAAUGGCAUCAAUGUGCACAAUGUGAUAAAAAGUUCAAACGGUUAGCAAAUUUACGCGCGCAUGAACAUAUACAUUCAGGUUUGAAAGAGUUUACAUGUAAUAUUUGCGAUCGGAAAUUUCGUCAAAAACAUAAUCUGGAGGUGCAUGUCUAUACGCAUAUAAAGGAACGAAUUUUUGAAUGUAAAAUUUGUAACAAAAGUUUGAAGACAUCAACUAGUUUGGAAAAACACCAGCUGAUUCACAAAGAUAUCAAGAAGUUCAACUGCGAUUAUUGUGAUAAAGAGUUUCGCACAAAAGAUGCCAAGCUUUCGCACGAACGCAUACACACUGGUGAAAAACCUUUUAAAUGCAAAUACUGUGAGAGGUCUUUUCGUUUUCGUAGUGGUUUAAUGGGUCACAUUAAUUUACAUACGGGUGAGCGGCCAUACUCAUGCCAGGAAUGCAGUCGUCAAUUUACCAACUGGGGUAACAUGAACAAACAUAUGAAACGUUGUCAUAAUCGUCAAAGUAGUGAAAAGAGUACGUAGUUAUGUUGUUGGGACAACAAAAAAAAAAAAUAUAAUAAAACAAUAAAAAAAUAACAAAAAAUACAAAUUUUUGUUGUCAGAGGAGUGUAAAACUAUUAUUAUUAGAGGAAGAAUAGUCAUACCCGCUUAAUUGUGCAAAACAGUUUGUAAGUGGUUUUUAAUUUUACAACAACAUUCAUGUGUUAAUUUUAAGACUUAUUGUAUUAAAAUAAUAUAGAUGAAGACCUAUCUAACAAAA